AUGCGCGUGCUCUCCAUGUGGUGGGUCAUUCAAGGUCACACGUUUGGCUUCAGCGUAUCUUUUUUGGACAACCUGGUCAUCAUCUCGGAACUAAUGAAGAGAUUCACAUUCCAAGCCCUAAGCAAUGCAACCUUUUCAGUGGACUCAUUCUUUUUUCUCAGUGGUUUGCUAGUGGCUUAUCUGACCUUGAAUGCCCUAAGGGAAAACAAUGGCAAGCUCAACUGGCUAAAGUUCAUACUGCACAGAUUUUGGAGGUUGACCCCUGCGUUGGCAUUCUGCAUCAUGGUGUACUCGACGCUGUUUUUACACGUGGUCCAUGGCCCCAUGGUUAAAACCAUGUUGAAAGGAGACAUGUUCGAGGCGUGCAAGACAACCUGGUGGCCAAACUUGAUCUACAUCAAUAACUUCUACCCAAGUUAUGGGGACGUGGGAAAGCAGUGCAUGGGUUGGACGUGGUACUUGGCCAAUGACAUGCAGUUUUACCUGAUAAGCCCGAUCCUGCUCUACCCUCUUUAUAGGUGGCGCCGUGUUGGUAUUGCCAUGGUGAUGUUCUUGAUCCUGACCUGCUUGAUCGUCGGUUCCGUCAUUGCCCGGGUUUACCAAAUGUGUGCUGCCGGAUGCCCCAUCACCCAUCAUACUGAGGAUCUGUACGCCCAUCAUGACACCAUGUAUAACAAACCCUUUACGCGGAUUGCUCCCUAUCUGGUGGGCAUGCUCACUGGCUACAUCCUGUCUGUGACGAAGUGUCGCCUGAGAAUUAACAAGUUCCUUGUGGCACUAGGCUGGCUUAUAGCUGCAGCAAUCAACAUCAGUGUGUUAUACGGCCUGUAUGGACUUCAACACGGACAGGUUUUCUCCCCUGAUAUCAACGCCCUCUACAUGGGUACAAGCCGUUUUGCAUGGUCCCUGGGAUUGGCUUGGGUAGCUCUUGCGUGCGCCACUGGAAAGGGAGGCCCUGUGAAUGAUAUCCUCUCUUGGCGGGUGUGGGCCCCCUUGGGGCGUCUGACGUACUGCGCUUACCUUUUCCACCCAUUGGUUCUCUUCUGUUACUAUGGAAACAAGCGUAAAACUGUUCAUUACACCGACAUUGAAUUGAGCACUGUGUUUGUUGGGAACUUGACAUUGUCCUACGCUGUUGCCUUUUUGGUCUCCAUGAUUGUGGAAGCCCUCAUGUUGAGUUUGGAAAAACUGGUGUUCAAGAAAAAAUAAAUGUUUUAUAGGUUUUUAGAAAAAAAAGUUUUUGAUGAAUUGUUUUGAUUGAGAAAUCAAUAUAUUUCUUCUUAAUGACUUUAUGGUGUACAUAUAGGU